AUCGUCUUCUGACCCAGCGCGAGCCUCUGUGAUGACGUCACGGCAACCCAAGCUUCACACAGCGUUCUUCACAUCCGUGUUCCACAGCCACAAUCACAUGCCUGAAUCCAAGUUGUCAUAUUAAAAUAUGGAUAUUAAUUUAUUAUUGACGCUGUUGUUUCUGGCCACAGGAUGUAUGGCAGCUCAGAGGCGCCAAGGAGAAAGGUUUUACAAGCGAUCCAGAAGGCGGAACAAUCAUGUUUUUCGCGCUACGGGUGAAGGUCGACGGGGAAAGAUGAGGAGUGCUAUGUUGCAGGCGAUGCUGCCGUAUGAAGCCGUUGAGAACGUCCCGGUCAAGGAGAGGAUGGACGUGUCCCUGUGGCAGACCAGGAGUCACACGAAACCAAAACGACGUCGUUCAAAGAGAUGGAUUCCAGAUUUUCCACGUGAUACACAUGUGGCCUACAAAACGGAGGCAAGAAACAGAACACAGGGUCAACCAUGGCCAUUACCACGUAACUUCCGGUCUGACUCCAACAUGGUUUAUCAGCUAGAUACUAACUUCCGGUUUGUUAUUAGCCCGUCGUCUCGGUCGUGUGUGACGCUCAGAAAGGCACUGAGACGCUACUACGUCAUUAUUACGGGUCGGCCGCCCAGUACACAAUCAGUAGUCAUCAGAGACCAGGGAGAGUUCGAACCUUCUAUGGAACCAGGCAACCCUGCUCGUCUGCACAACGUGGUGGUGUCAGUGCUAUACUCGUGCAGUGAGACGUAUCCAGAACCAACUGCCAAUGAAACAUACACAUUACAGAUCAACAACAACUCGGCGUCCAUCACGGCCGGUGAGGUGUGGGGAGCUUUGAGGGGCCUGGAGACAUUGUCCCGGCUGGUAUAUCUAUCAGAUCACAGGCAGCCGUGUGUUCACAUGACCGACAUUGUGGACUUCCCCCGGUUCCAUCACCGCGGCGUCAUGAUCAACACCGGCACACACUUCCUCCACCCAACAACAAUCAAGGAGAACCUGGAGGUCAUGGAACAGAACAAGCUGAAUGUCCUGCACUGGCGCUUGGUAGAUGACCAGUCCUUUCCCCUGGGUCAGCAAAUCAUAUCCUGGCCUCAGGAACAAGGACUCCUACAAGGAGACGUACGACGCAGCGGACUUUGCGAUAUCGUAGAGUUUGCCAGACAGAGGGGCAUCCGGGUACUUCCUGAGCUCGACUCUCCAGGUCACACCGCCUCUUGGGGAAACGGCGUCCCCGACGUCGUGGUCGACUGUGCCGACGACAACUUGCACCGGGUGCUCGACGUCAGCAGUAACGUCACGUACACGGUGUUGGAAGGGUUGUGGGAUGAUUUGCUAACAGCGUUCCCGGGACGUUACGUGCAUCUUGGAGGGGACGAUGUGCCCAUGUCGUGUUGGGCUAAAUCCAAAGAUAUCGUUAGAUUCAUGGAAAGAGAAACAAUUGAAGAUUACAGAGAAGUACAGAAUUAUUUCACUACCAGAUUGUCAAGUAUUGUGAAUCAGCUGGACAGCAAGAGGACGCUUGUGUUCUGGCAGGAUGUACUGGACAUUGAAGUCAGUAUAGAUGAACAAGCCAUAAUUCAAAUAUGGAAACCUUAUCCCAAGGCCGCCAUGGCCUUAGCGGUCAGCAGAGGUCAUCGGGUCAUCUACUCCAGUCCAUGGAGUCUGAACUACGUCACAUCCGAUAUGGACUGGUCGAAGUUCUACUUGGCUGAUCCGCUGGAACAUUCAGCCACCGAGAGGGAGAUGGUGGUUGGCGGGGAGGCCUGCGUCUCAGGGGAACACCUAGUGGACUCCAACCUUCAACAGUCACUGUGGUUCCGUGUGAGCGCUAUGGCAGAGCGGCUCUGGAGUGAUCGCAGCGUCAGGGACGUACCGGAAGCCAAAGUCCGACUGGAGGAACACCUGUGCCGCCUGAUGAGGAGACGUGUCCCCAUCAGCCCUCUGAACGAACCCAGCUCGUGCGAUUUGCACGUGCCAUGACGAUGCGUGACGUCAUGACUAGAAACUCUCUGUGGUACGUGUCGAAGAUACAGCCUACGAUGAAGGAAGCUGAAGUCAACUGACAGCCAUGCCACUGCCGUGGAACAUCAUGCCUCGAUUUUAACUAAACUAUAUUGCGUGUGCUUGAACUACAGGGAACCUUUGUUUGGCGAUAACCGCAGCAAGCUUCAGUGUCAAGUACCCUCCAGUUGCCUAAUCGCUACUAUUGUAUGAUGACGCGUUUGGAAGGUUAGGGAACUCUGUAGCCCACUAGACCGUCCAAAUUGAACGCUCCAUGUAUCCUGAAGCUGAAGAUGUGUCUGUGGAACGAGGUUUAUUGCUAUCUGUAGGCAAUCCUGUACUGGGCAGACUCACGCCAGGGGCUGGGAGGUGAUGAGUUACAUGCGGAGGUAUUGAGCUGUAACUAUCGCAAGGUCAUUGUGACCGCCAUGCUUCUCAACAAACUGCUUUCUAUACAAUGUCAACCAUGAUAAACUAACCAGUAGUCUCUCAGUAGAGCUUAUCAUGGACUCGUCAGUGUGUGCUGUUACUGUAGUUGUCUACCUGUACAGUUACUGAUGUAGUCGUCUACCUGUACAGUUACUG